AAAUGUCACAAAUCAGACGACUUUUCUCGUCAGUUGGAAAUUUAAAGACUUAUCGGACGUUCCGAGCAUUGGAUCUUGAUGGAAAGACGGAUGUUGAGUACAGGAUUCAAGAUUAUCCAAAAGACAGAAUUGAAGAAGGAAUUCAAUUUAAUACUGGGGCAUUUUUGAAGCAUGAGCCAAUGUCAAGGACACGAAAUGUGAUUAAUAAGCCAGAAGCUGUCGAGGAAUUUUUAAAUUCGAUUCGCAACACAAUGCAAAAUGGAGUGUCGCUGGCUUGUUUUAAGGAAAAUUCUGAUGAAAUUAUAUCGACGAAUAUUUUGGCUGUUAAAGAUGAGAAGGAAUACAUGGCUGAUUAUGAUUUCAAUAGCACGGACUUCCAAGACAUCUUUGGCGUCAUGGGCUACGCAAAUACACAGUUUAAUCCAUUCAAGCACUACAACGUUGACAACAUCCUUUAUGCAUUCACGGUUGGUGUUAAGCCAGAUUAUCGUGGACGUGGAAUCGCUAAUCAUAUGUUCCAAUGUCGACGACUAUUAUGUGAGGAACUAGGACUGAAAGUGACAACGACUCAUGCAACGGCAAAUGGAAGUCAGAAGGCUGCACUUAAUGCUGGAUUUGAAGAGAAUUUUUCUAUUAAAUACAGCGAGCUUCUCAAGAUCAACCCAAAUUUCAACUUUCCUAACAUUGACACCAAAUAUUUCAAAAUUAUGAGUUUGAAAAUUUAAGUCAAAGAGUCCAAAAUAAGUCAAAUGUGUUCAAAUUCUAGUUCAUAUUUAUCUCAUUUGUGCAAAAAUGAUUGAAACAAAAAUAAAAUUAAGGUCUGCC